UGACCAGGAUGUGCAGGUGCUUGGAGCGGGAGCUGGGGUGCCCACGGCGGGCUACGGUGUAACGAUGCGGGGAAUUAAAAGUUUGCAGCAUGGGGGGGUUGCAAAGUUCAUUGAAAAUCAUGUAGCUAGCUAGUUAGUUCAGACAGGGGAGACAAACGGUGUGGCAUGGUGUAAACCGCAUCAGCUGGAGGCGAGGCUACAGAACCAGUGGCCGUGGGCAAUAAACAGGAGCAUUGCAACAGGUUACGGGGUGCGUCUCCAUGGAUGCGGGGUAUCCGAGGGCGACACGGAGGCCUGCGGAGAUGCAGAAGCUGCUGGCGGAGUUCCGCGCGCUGUACCGCGAGCGCCUCCAGCGAAUCGACCAAUCGGGCGGCGGCAGCGGCGGCGGCGAGGCGGCACUCCAGCGUAAGGUGACCGUACUGCAGUCGUUCGUGGAAGACCUGAGCGAGCAGAACGAGGUCCUCAUCCAGACGGUGGAGGACGUGAAGCAGGAGGCGGAGUCCCGGGUCUACGGUCUGCAGCAGGAGCUGGAGGAGCUUCAGAGACUGCUCGAUGUGAAAGAGGGCCAGUUGCUGAACCUGCAGAACGGCAGCCUUGUCUACUCCCCCAGCAAGCAGCGCCCAGUCCUGGCUCCGUGCCCAGUGCCACCGGACCUGGCGGGUACCAUGGCGACGGUCCCCGGAACGUCCCCCGGAAGCCAUGGGGAAUGGAGACCGGACCUGCCUUCCCAUGAUGCCCUUGUGCACCACCUCCGCCAGCAGCUCAAAGAGGCGACCCUGAGCCAGCAGGAGGCCCAGGCCCAGGUGGAGGAGCGCGAGGCUCAGAUCCAGGAGCUGCAGGACACCAUCACGGAGCUGCACCAGGAGAUGUCCCUGAAGGACCAGGACAAGCUGAGCCAGCUGCAGGAGCUGCAUCUCCUGGAGAGCCGGGUCAAAGAGCUCACCCUGCAGGUGAAUACGAGCCAGCCCUCGUCAAGUGUACCCCCACUUCAUCCCACAACAUUGAGGGGUACCGAGCUGCUGAAAUCUGAGCUGUCGCGGCGGGACGCCUCCAUCCAGAAGCUGCGGCAGGACCUGCUCCUGUCCCACCAGGCCCGAGAUUCCCAGAGCGCACAGCUGGACGCCCAGGAGCGGCGGCUCGCCCAGCUGCGCAGGGAGCUGCAGGAGAGCCAGCAGGAGCUCCAGCGGGGUCGCGGCCGCACCCAGCAGCAGCAGGGGGACCUCGCCGCCGCAGGGAGCCAGGCCCAGGAGCUCCGCGCCCAGCUGUCGGAGGUCAGAGGUCGCCUGGUGCAGGUGGAGGGGGAGAAUGAGGCCCUCAGGGCUGGUAAACUGGAGCGGAGCGCUGAGGUGGACAGGCUGUCUGCGGAGCUGUGCUCCCUGCAGGCCGCGCUGCAGGAGCGGGAGAGAGGGAGCGAAGAGACGGCGCAGGCGGAGAGGAGGUGCGUGGAGCUGGAGAGGGAGCUGAGGGAGGUGCAGGUCCAGCUCACACACUGCCAGGAGAGAGCACAGAGCGCAGAGGAGAGGGCAGAAGAGCAGCUGAAGCAGCUGCAGACGGAGGUGUCCAGUCUGAAGGACCAGCACAGCUCUGCCAAUCAGCAGCUGCAGGAGAGGAGUGUGGAGGUGCAGGAGGCGCGGCGGGCCCUGGAGGAGGCGCGGCGUGCUCUGGAGGAGGCGCGGGCGAGCGAGAGGGAGCAGAGCAGAGACUACGCGGCCCUGCGGCUCCAGCUGAGCCGUGCCAGGGAGGAGCUCGUCAGCGCCACCCGCAGGGAUGACGUGGUGCUGGAGCAGGGGGCGGAGCGGCGCAGGAUGGAGGAGCUGUGCGAGCAGCUGCAGGGGGAGGUGGGCCGACUGCAGGAACAGCUGGAGUCAGACCGAGCAGCGAUACAGACACAGAGGUGUCAGAGUGAAGAGGAGUUGGAGAGGCUGAGGAGGGAUCAGCAGCAGAUGAAAGAUGAGGUCAUCGCCGCAGAGCACAAGGUGAGCCGGCUGCAGAGGGAGGCGGAGCUGGCGGGGCGGGCGCGGCAGGAGGAGGCCGCCGAGCGGGAGGCGGAGCUUGGGGACUGGAGGAGCCGCUGCCGCCAGGCCUCCGAGGCGCUGGGGGAGCGGGACGCUGAGCUGGGGGAGGCGCAGCGCGCCCGAGACUCCGCCCACAGGAGCCUGAGGCUGCAGGAGGAGCGGGCCCAGAGGCUGGGCGCGGAGAAACAGAGGCUGGAGGAGGCGCUGGGGGAGAUGGAGGCCAGGCUGGCGGAGAGGGAGGAGAGGACGGCUGACCUCGCUGCGGAGGCGGGGUCUCUCCGGGCGCGGCUGCAAGCCGUCGGCGACGACGCCCACGCCGUCCGGCUCCAGCUGCGGAGCUCCCAGGAUGCACUGCAGCAGGUGACGGCGGAGCUGCGGGCCUGCAGGAGAGAGGUGGAGGAGCGGGACUCCCUGAUUGGACAGAAGGAGGAGCAGGUGGAGGAGAUCCAGGCUGACCUGGAGCAGCUUCAGCAGCAGUACACCACCUGCUACACCCAGCUGGUGCAGGAGGAGCAGGCCGUGUCGCGGCUGAAGGAGGAGCUCAGGGACUCGGGGGAGCAGACGGACCUGCUGGCCUCUCAGGUGGCGGAGCUGAACACAGAGACCCAGAGACUGCAGCAGGAACUGGACCUGCUCACAGAGAAACACACAGCCGCACAGCAGGAGGUGGCCAGCAGGGACGAAGCGGUGCUGAAACUAACGGCUGAUCUGAGAUCAGCCCAGGAGCACCUGAGAACAGCCCAGGAGGAGCUGGCAGGGCAGGUGCAGGAGACGCAGGCUCAGGAGGAGGAGGUGAGGGCCCUGCAGAGGGAGGUGCAGCGUCUGCAGGAGGCCCUGAGCCUGAAACAGAGUGCUGUGGAAGAGGAGCAGCAGAGGAGCGCUCAGCUGCAGCAGGAGAGAGACACUCUGCAGGCACAGUGCGAGGGCCAGCAGGGGGCGCUGUGCGGCCUGCGCGAGGAGCUGGAGCGCUGCCAGGAGGAGGCGCGGGCACAGGGGGAGCGCAGGGAGGAGGAGGCGCAGGGUCUGAGGGAGCAGCUGCAGGAGGUCCAGGCCCGGGCGGAGCAGCACCGCUCCAGCGCCGAUGGGCUUCGGGCCGACCUCGAGCACGCCCAGAACCGCCGGAGAGAGGCGGAGGAGGAGGGCUUGCAGCGAGACGCCAGGCUGCGGGCCCAGGAGGCGGAGCUGACCAAGCUGCGGGCGGCCCUGCAGGAGGCGGAGUCUGUUGCCGCGGACGCGGAGGCCCGCCUGGAGCCUCUCUCUCAGUCUGUGGACCUGAGCAGGCAGAAGUACCAGGCCUGCCUGGCCAAGGUCACCCAGCUGGAGAGCACCCUGCAGGCCCGCGAGAGGGACCUGGAGGAGGCCAGGGCACAGGUGUCCGAGCGGGAGGAGCAGGCGGCGCGUCUGCGGGCGGAGGUGGCGGCGCUGCACGGCGACCUGCGGGCGCACUGCGCGCAGCUGGAGAGCGGGGACGACGCCCUCAGCGCGCUGAGCCAGCAGCUGCGCAGCACGCAGCAGGAGCUGCAGGAGUCCCGCAGCCACGGGCAGGAGUGUGAGCAGGUCAUCGGCACCCUGAGGGAGAACUGCGCAGAUCUGCGCAGACAGGUAGAAGAGCAGGAGGAGAUGGUUGUGAAGGUCCAGGCAGAUUUCUCAACCUACCGGGCAACUCACAUGCAUGCAGACUCGGACUACAACUCCCAGCUUUCCCGCAUCCAGGAACUCCAGCAGGCUCUGUCCCGUGCCAUGGAGCAGUGUGCCCAGGGCAGCCAGGCGCUGAGCGAGAGUCAGGCCACACAGCAGCAGCUCAGAGACGAGGUGUGCCGAGUCAGCGAGCAGAGAGACAGCAGCAAGACAGGUGAGUCUGCACCUGUACUCACACCUGUACAGAGUACACCUGGGCGGAGAACAUCUGGGGAUACCUGUACAGAGUACACCUGGACACACCUGUACUCUCAUACCAGUACAGAGUAUACCUGGGGAUACCUGUACUCUCAUACCUAUACAGAGUACACCUGGACACACCUAGGCUUGAGGUGCUUGAGCGAGCUGAAGGGGGAGCUGCUGGGGGAGGUGCAGAGGAGGCAGGCGGAGGUGGAGCUGGUGGAGCAGCAGGCCGCCCGGCUGGAGGAGGACCUGCGGGUGGCACUCAGGCAGUGUGCCCAAAAAGAGCAGGCGGUGCAGAAGAGGGACGCCCUGCUGAGGAAGUCGGAGGCGGACCUGGUGGAGGCGCGCAGCGCCAUCCGGGCCAAGGCCGCGGAGGCGGAGAGGCAGGCCGCCGCCCACCGCGCGCUGGAGGCCGACGCCCACCGCGCCCGGAGGGAGAGCCAGCAGAAGGAGAGCGAGUGCUCCGCCCACAGGGCGGAGCUUCUGCAGCUGAGGGAGGAGCUCAAGGAGGCUCAGACGCGCUGCAGGGACGCAGUGCAGGAGCUGGCCCGGCAGGAGGAGAAGAUGGCGCUGGUGGAGGGCGGGCAGCAGCGGGCGCAGGAGCAGCUGGGCGAGAGGGUGGCGGAGGUGGUGCGGGCGGAGCAGGCCCAGAGGAGGCUGCAGGCCGAGCUGCGCAGACUGAAGGAGCAGCUGGCCCAGGCGGAGCAGCAGAUCCAGGACUACAGGGCCCUGGUGGAGAGGCUGAAAGGGGAGGUUGGCGGGAGCAGGCAGGCCCAGCUGAGCGCGCAGCAGGACAGCCUCCUCCACCAGCAGGGGGCGCAGCAGCUGGAGGCGGAGCUGGCCAGCAGCAGGGAGCUGGUGAAGAGACUGCAGCUGCAGCUGCAGGAGCAGGCGGAGUCAGGCCGGGCGUUGAGGGCGGAGCUAUCUCAGGAGCAGAGCAGACAGCAGGACCUGCAGAGUCGAGCCCAGAGCAGCAGAGAGAGAGAGAGCAGCCUGGAGGCUAAGCUCAACUCUACAGCUAGCCUGCUGAAGGAGAGAGAGAGGCAGGUGCACGGCCUGCAGGAGCGUGUGUCGGAGCUCCAGAGCGCCACCCACAGGCUGCAGGCGGAGCAGGCGGCCUGUCAGGCGCAGCUGCAGCAGUGCAGGAAGGAACAGGAGGCCAGCCAGGGCCACGCCCACCGAUGCAGCAAAGAGCUGAGCGUGCUGGAGGACUGCGUAUCCCAGCUGCAGGUGGAGCUGGCCCAGGCGCGGGACGGCGGCAGACAGGAGGCCGCAGACAGGGCCGCCGCAGAGCAGCAGCUCAGGGAGCUCAGGCUGGAGCUGGCCUCCGCACAGGGCUCCCACAGAGAGAGCAUGGAGCUGCUGGCAGAGCGCAGUCGGCAGCUGGCCGGUCUGCGCAGUGAGCUGUCGCGGACGCAGCAGCGGGGGGCGCAGCAGGCGGAGGAGAGAGCUGCGCUGGAGGACCGAGCUGCGCAGCUGAGCGCAGAGCUGCAGAAGCUGCGCAGCGUCAGCCGCCACUCGCUGGACGAGGUCCGGACGUACGAGGGCAGGCUGGCAGAGCUGAGUGCCCAGCUGGCACGUGCCCAGCGCUGGGGUCAGGAGCAGCUGGCGGCGCUGGAGAGCAGGGAGGAAGAGGCGGUGGCGAUGAAGGUGGAGCUGGCCUCCGUCAGGGAGAGCUACCACAGCAAGGUCAACCAGGUGGAAGCCCUGAACUCACAGCUGGAUGUGAUGAAGCAGAAAUACAGAACAGCAGCCAGUGAGGUGGAGGUGCUGCGGCAGUCACUGGGCACCGCGCGCACCGACAGCUCCCGCCUGCAGAGAGAGAGCGAGCUGGUCGUGUCCAACGUCAACCAGUGGGUCAGGGAGCAGAAACAGGCCAAUGAGAAGCUGGGGAGCACCAUCAAAGACCAGAGCAAGAAGAUCGUCCACCUCACCGCGGAGAAGGAGCACCUGCAGGAGAGCGUGGGGGCCCUCCACAGGGAGAACAGGAAGCUGAAGGCCGAGCUGGACGACAGCAGGAUUGACGCGGAGAGACUCAGGGCCCUCAGCGUGGGUCCAGGUGACCAGCACAGCUUCCUAAACCGGACGUCCAGCCAGAGGCCCACCCCUGCUCUCAGGUCAGACCAGGCUGUCAGGGGGUCCACAAACGGUCAGAGGAAGAAGAAGCCGUUGGCUGCCAAACUGCAUUGCUAGGGCACAACCCCCCUCCCCAACACCCCCCCCCCACCAACCCCUUCCGUUAGCCGCCAUUCUCACCGUCCCGUGUGAAAUCGGAGGGAAGCGGUCAACGGAGGAUCCCAAAUAUCACGGGCGUGGCCCCGCUGCACCUCGGGGGUAAGGGCGGGGCAGACGUGCGUGUGUGGGCGGACCCAGGGCCUGUGACUGCACCGCACUGCAUUGUGGGACGCAUUCCUCAAGGAUUCUCAAAGAGAGAAAGCUGUUACAAGGGCACCCAACUGCUGCCGGUGGCUGACAAUUAUGUUUAUGAAUUAUUGUAAUUUUUUUAAUUUAUUAUUUUUUUUGCCAUCCGAAAGAUUGUAUUUUUAAUAAGCAGUGAUGUGAAGUGUCACACUUGGAUGUGGAAAUUUCAAUGUGCUGUUGUCUACUCAGACUUCCUCUCCAUGUGCCCCCCCCCAAACAACCCCCCACCUUUGCUCGUUACACAGGAACAUUUCAAAACAUUAAUGCUUCUGCGUGCCAAUAUUCACGGAUGUAAAUUUAUAUGUAAAAUACAUAUUUUUUACAUGAUCAAAAAACACUGUUGAACGAUCUUAUCUCAUGAAUGUGUUUAAGACUGAGCUGCUUUAGGUGCAUUCUCUGACAUUGAGAGGCUAACUAUGUUUAUGAAUAUAGCAGGUUUAUAUACAUUUCCAGCAUUUUUUUAAAUAUUUGGGAGGGGGGACCCUUCUUUAGCUACACGAUGAAGCCGUUUUUAAUGAUUGAAAAGCACAAGAACUCAGACAAUCAAUGUAAUCAGCACUGCACUGUUUCCACACCUUUUUUAAAACAGGGUUAAUUUUAGAAAUGUGAUUUUUCAAUGCGAAUGUAAUUAUGUCGUCGUAAUUAAGUGUACUGUAGGUCGUGUGCCUUUGCAUAUGACAUUGUCAAUAAAGAACUACAUUUUGAUUUC